UCACAACAUCCUAAUAGCUUCAUUCCUUAAAUCUUUCUCAUUUUGUUUCAUUUCAGAAAAGAAAAGAAAAGGUUAGCAAGUGAUUUGUGUAAUUGAGAAGAUGACGGAUUGGGGGCCUGUUUUUGUGGCAGUGGUGCUAUUCAUCUUGCUAUCACCAGGGCUGCUAUUUCAGAUUCCAGGAAAAUCCCGUUUUGUUGAGUUUAGCAACUUUCAAACUAGUGGACCAUCCAUUCUGGUGCAUUCAAUUCUCUACUUUGCUUUCAUUUGCAUUUUCUUGUUAGCUAUUAGGGUGGAGGUUUACAUUGACUCUUAAUUUUCUUUUUAUCUGUUCAAGAUACUCAUUAUUCGCAAUUUCUUAUGUUUUGGGAAUUGGUGUUGUUUCCUUCAUGAAGUUGUAUCUUUAUUGCUUUAUUUCCUUUAAAAAUAUUAAUAUUUAAGAUUUAUGUUCCGCGUA